AUGACGAAACCACAACCGCGCAAACCCGGCGCACCAAUACCAAACUCCCAAUUUCGAGUACCCCAAAUUCCUUCAAAACCGAAAGUGCCAGAGCCUCCAGCAGAACCCCUAGGUCCAGCACUCGUAAUACCAAGGCGCCGCCCGAUCUUCAAAUCAAGCCUCUUAUCCAACCUCCGCCAACGGUUCGCAAGCCUCCCCUCCCCGGUCCGCCGAACAUGUCGCACCCUCAGCUGGUUAGCACCCGUCAUUCCAAUUGGCCUCUUCUUCCCUGAACAUGUCAUGCAAGUGAUGUGGGUGCGCGGGCCGUCAAUGACACCCUACCUCAAUGAGGACUAUGAUCAAAUGCAAACGAAGAGUGACAUGGUUUUGGUGAAUAUGUGGCCUUGGGGUGGGCUACUACCUUUCCGACAUGAGAGGAAGCUGGAACGGGGGACAGUCGUGACUUUCCGAUCCCCAGCAAAUCCCUCCCAUAUUGCCAUCAAGCGCAUAAUCGCCCUACCUGGCGACCGCGUCACAACCCGCGAACCAUGUCUGAAGGGGGCACAGAUCGUGCCAUGGAACCAUGUCUGGCUAGAAGGUGAUGCAGAGGAUCCGCACAAGACGCUGGAUAGUAAUACGUAUGGGCCCGUCAGUCUCAGUCUGGUUACUGGGAAGGUCUUUGCCGUUCUGGGGCCGCGGAUGCGAUGGUUGAACGCGUCCGAUUGGGAGGGAGAGAGUGGGGGUGAUGCGGAUGUGAACAGUCGGGUUGAGAAGCAUCGGCAGAGUGUUCGGGAUCGGGUUGUCAAGAAUGCUGUUGAGGUUGAGCAGCCUUUCUUGAAUUGA